AUGCGUUCGCCCUUGCCAUUUGAGCUGGUAGAGAGCAUCCUGUCCUACCUUACUCCCUGCUUGGACUUCAGAUUUUUCGAGGAGUCGGACAAGAUUGCGCAGAGGAACCUCAUCUGGUUUCUCAGUUUGCGCCUGGUCUGUAAGACCUUUGAUGAAAUCGUUAUUGGACUCUUUAUUGCCGCGAUUCGAAGGCGUGAUCCAGAAGAUGACCUCGAGGAAGAUGACCCCUACGACACCCCGCCGCCCUUUGAGCCGACCCCUCCAACACCUUCGAUGAUGGCAAGAGACUCAAGGCUUCUUGACGUUUUGAUGGAGCAGUGGGAGCACAAUGGCGGAGAUACUAUUCAUUCCAUCAAAGUAGCUGCAGGCGUGGUAGACAUGGCUGUUGCACUGUUCUCGGCGGAUGGGAUCGGGUUUGCUGAGGUUCAGGAGUUGACAAGAUCGUAUCGCCGUGUAACUCUUGAGGUCAUGGUAGCGUACCUCCCGCACUCGAUAUUCAGCAUCAUUGGUGGGCGGGUGAGAGAGGAAGAUUUGGCUUCCAAGGCGCCGGAUCUUGAUACUGCAGCCUUGAUGGCCGCGGCAUACCUGGGUCACAUGGAUCAUCUUAACGUUCUGCUUGAGUUCAACGCGGAGAUUGACCCAGAGCUUUGUGAAUGGGACAGACUCGCUGCACCGUUGACCGCUGCUGCUCUCUCUGGCGAGUUGGAUAUUAUCGAACUACUGAUAGAAAUGGGCGUCAACGUUAACAAGAAGCAAGGCGCAGAACUGAACAGCCCUCUCCACUUUGCCGCUAUGGGGGGCCAUCCCGAACUCGUUCAGCUCCUACUUGAUGAAGGCGCCACACCUGACAGUACGAACCGCAGUGGUCAGACACCGCUACACCUUGCUGCAGCAGGUGGGCAUGCAAAUGUUGCUGGAGUGCUGCUCUCCUCUCAGCGCGUCUAUUACCAUAUUACCAGUAUGGACUCUCAUCGCUGUUCCCCCGUUGGCUGGGCUAUUAGAAAGAAACACGACGCCGUCCUCAAGCAGCUCCUUAAGGUCCUCAAGUGUGAAGACGUGAAUUUGGACGUUAAGAGCGAUGAAGACGGCGCAGAUAAACUGUCUGCUAUUGAGAUGGCCGCCCUUCUGGGGCAAGAAAACAUGUUCAGAAUGCUAUAUCGUAUUAGCAAAGCUACCCUGGGAGAUCAAUUACUGUUUGAACUGUUCAAGCGCGCGCUUGAAGGCGGGACACCUUUACAACUCUCAGCAAUCUAG